AUGACUCGAUCCUGUACCAAGGCGAGACCAAAGUUAGCAACACGGCAAGAUUAUGACGACUUGCUAACAACACACUUGUUCGCCACGCUAGAACUCCUCGACCUUGGAAUAGAGAUGGUAGUUGAUGGAUACUUGAGAUCGAUCCACGAAUGGAUUCCAAUCAUUCACCCACUCGGCUUGAGAAGACAAGCAGCGUCAUUACAGAGCACGCCAUCUGCCGAGCUCGCUAGUCUUAUCUUACACAUUUUGCUGAUCACCCCGGUGAUACCCUCUGCUUUGGCGCCAUACAACGAACCUCUCUUACCGUCGCUGUAUGACAAUUGCAAGUUGGCAUUCAUACUGUUACAGAAAUAUUGGAGGGGCCACUUGCAAACCAUCCAGUCAGGCCUGCUACUCGCCAUAUACGAGCAGGGUCGAGGCUUCGUGUCUGAUGCGUAUGCCACGUUGGCGAUAUGUGCCAGUCUUGGCCAUGUAACCGGCCUAUACCAAUCUUUGAAUCCUGCUACGGUGUUCAAUGAGGAGAAGAUGCGUGUAUGGUGGGCUAUAUUCUUUCUCGAUAGGCUUGACACUUAUUCUACUGGGAACUCUGAACGAGCACCACUUGUCCGCGAUGCUCGACUCGGCGCGAUGCUUCCCAGAGAGGAUGACGCAUGGAGUCAAGACCUCGAUAUCAGUGGCCCGUUUCAGCCGCUUGUAUUUUCUGCAGACGAUGUUCAGACCUACGGGGUCUUCGCCAGCGAAAUCCAGGCGCUCUAUGCGCUACAGAGUGUCAUGCAGCGCACCAGAGAUCCGUCCGUCGAGCUUGAGACACUACUUGACCACGAAUCGUGGAAGCUCGACAUGCUGAUACAAAGGAAAAUCCGAGAAACCCUGACCAUAAGCUGGAGGCGGCUUGAGCACCAGUACACAGUGGUCACUGUGUAUCUCUUGCAAAGGCUGGCGUGUAAUGAUCAAAAACUUCCUCUAUUUGUCAAGGAAUCGUCCAUCGCAGCACUUGAAAUGGCCCUUACUAUUGCUCAUGAUCUGAUGCGUACGGAAAAGACUGCGGACAUUCUCAAACUCGACAGGAUGCCUCUUACUGCAGUCAUUCUAUACAAGAAGGUCGGCUUAGCAGCAAUUCUACUAGGAAAACAUUACGAUCGUGACACCGAGACUCUGUUACGAGAGGUGAUUCAGAUGCUUUCGGAACGAAUUUCAAGAAGGUGGAAAAUUGCCCUUCAAAUCGCAUCUCAACUCCGCGAAGCCUUUCCUAUGUACAAGGACGUAGACAUGGCCUCGUAA